AUGGCGGACAUGUGUCAGAAGUUGCAUUAUGGAAGGGCCAUUGAGAAGACCAUAUGUCUCAGAAAUAUUUAUGACCCUAAACCUGUUGCCAAAGCUCCCGUCAAGAUACGACCUCCGCCUCCAAGAUCUGCCACAACCAAACCUCAAGUGGCCAAACCUGAGCCAACAGUAGAACCGCCAGCUAAACCCAUAAUGAGGAAACGGGCCAAAUCACUGUCAUUUUUACCUGCGAAUAGCACGCCACCGCAUAGAAAUUCACAGGUGCGCUUUGUGGACGCCCUUGGACUUGAGUUAGAAGAGGUCAAAGUGUUCAAAGUUCAAGAGCACCCUCACAUCCCACAUCACGUCAUGUUCAGACUAUUGAUGAGUUCGGAGAUGGCUUUUAGGAAAUCACUUGAGCUGUCCUUGCCUUACUUUAAGCCAUGUUUCCCAGAGGAUUUCAGAUCCCAACCCAACUUCAUGGAACGUUUGUAUAGUCAGUGUGUUUGUCUAGAAAAGGUCAACUGCUCGGAUCAAGGAAUUACUGGGACAAUUUGUGUUCUCAACAUAGCCUUUGAAAAGUAUGUGUCAGUGCAUUACUCCUUUACAAACUGGAGGAUGCACACAAAUACUACAGCAUCUUGGGUAUCAAGUGGAGGCAGUUGGGGUAACAAUGCUCUGGGAAUUGAUGUUUUUCGAUUUCGAUUGCCUGUACCACCAUUUAUUUUGGAGCCUGGAGCCAUUUUGGAAUUUGCCAUCUGCUACACUGUGAAUGGAGUCAAUUACUGGGACAAUUACAACGGGCAGAACUACAAACUGUCUUGCCAUAGCUAUAAAGUAACUGUGCCGAAGGAAUGUGAGGACAGCAUGCUGCAUUUUACUUAGCGACCAUAAGAGGGAGCCUGAAUAUAAAAUAACAAAUCAAAUCGAACACUGCUUUACUAUAGGCUCAGUCAAUCAGACUAGAUACUGUGUGUGUUUGAGUGAUUUGAUUGUUUCAUUUUUGGAAGAAAACACAUAAAGAAUUUCAUAGCUGAGACUAUAAAUGUGUUUAGCCAUAGGCACAUAUAUGUACUGACAGAAAUGACUGCAUGUGUGACCUGGCACAUAUAUGCACUGACAGAAAUGAUAGCGUGUGUGACCUGUUGCCAUGCUUGAAAAGGGUCAUGGGAGGUGACAUUAUCAUCUGACACUGAGCUCUGAAACAGUCUGGACAAUGGCCAAAGAUGCCUCCAGCUGAGAUUCUCACCCACUGCUUCUGGACCUUGACAAAUGUAAAAAAAUUGUCUUUGCAAUUUUGCAUGAAGAAUUUUGUUUACAUCUUCAGUUAGCCUAGUCCAAAAUUGCACAAUGAGGAGCAAACUAAAACACGUAUCUAAACUUAACUUUCGAUAGCAUUUCUUGA